UGGCCAGGAUGGUGGUGAUCGGCUUCGGAUCCACGAGUGGCAGUCCAUGGCGCGGGUAGCCGGCGCAGAGUCAGUCACCAAUUCAGCCAGUCGGUUGUAGUCAGUCGGUACCAUAAGAGCAGCUCCGUUCGCGGGGCCGCGCUCUCUCGCGCCUCGGUUCGCUCAGAAACUGGAUUUGACUGUUUUUCACGUCUGUCUACCGGAAAUUUCGACGGCGCGGUAUACUUGGUUCACGUGAGAUACGCGAUUGUUCGUGAGGCUCAGGAAAUCGUCAGAGUGGCUGGUAGCGCGCGAACUUGACAGUAAGUGCGCGGAGUGUUUCGGUAUCGAGUGUUGGAUGAAGACGCUUUUUCUCUGAUAUAUAAGUGAUAAAGUGUCAGCUACACUGCGAGAUUCAAGAGAGGUGUAUGAACAGGUUCUUCUUGGCGAUAUUCUAGAAGAAGUUGCAGAAAUCUGAUUACGGAUGGUUAACGACGUAAUGAGCGAGUACGAACGAAUCAAGCGUUCGUGCUUGAAACGAGGUGAGCUUUGGGAGGAUCCAGAAUUUCCAGCGACGCAGGCGUCGGUCUUUUAUCACCAGACACCGCCAUUCCAGUUUCAAUGGAAAAGGCCAAAGGAAUUGUGCAAUCGGCCUAUCUUCGUUAGCGAUGCGCCGGCUCAGUUCGACGUUAUUCCUGGGAAGAUGGGCGACAAAUGGCUGGUGUCCUGUCUAGGAGUGUUACACCUGAGCAAGGGUCUAUUCUACAGGGUGGUACCAGCAGACCAGGGUUUCGGUAGCGGUGGAGAACCACCGGGCUCACCGACCGCAGAAUACGCCGGGGUGUUCAGGUUCCGAUUGUGGUGGUGUGGCGCGUGGGUGGAGGUUCUCGUCGACGACAGAUUACCAGCGGUUCACGGAAGAUUGGCCUUCGUACAAAGUCGCCAUAGCGAUCAGUUCUGGCCGGCGCUGCUGGAGAAAGCGUACGCCAAACUUCACGGUUCUUACGAGGCACUCAAAUAUGGUACAUUAUUGGAUGGCUUGUCUGAUCUCACGGGUGGUAUAACCGAAAGUAUCGCGAUUCGCCAGGAUCCCACAGCUUGUGGACGAGCGUUGUCGAAACUGUUGGAUAUGACGUCUCUUAUCACAUGUACAGUAAAUAAUAAUCAACAGCAACAGAUACGUGCCAGUACUGAGAAGCUUGCCAAUGGUAUACAAAUGGGAAUCAAUUACAGAUUAUAUGCGAUUGAGAGGGUGGAAACUUUUGGAGGGGAAGCAGUGCAAUUAGUAAAAUUAAGGAAUCCUCUUGGGCCCGGCGGGGAAUAUGUCGGUGCCUGGGCGAGAGGUGGACUUGAAUGGGAUGAAGUACCAGCAAUGGAAAGGGAACGGCUAGCUGUAAGAAAUAUGGCCGAAGGAGAAUUUUGGAUAUCAUACUCAGAUUUCGUCAAGACGUUUACUCACCUGGAAGUUGUGCAUCUGGAUGCUGAAACUUCGAGAGACGAACCGUCGUUACACAGUAAACACACUUGGCAAAUGAAAUUGUAUCAAGGCAGUUGGAGGAGAGGUGUCACCGCAGGAGGAUGUCGAAAUAAUCAAGAAACCUUUCAUAUAAAUCCACAGUUACAUCUGAUUCUAAGCGAGAUGGAGGAAGUAAUUGUUUCGUUGAAUCAGCAUUCAAUUAUGGAGCCAAAAGUGAUCGGCUUCACAGCGUACACGUUACCGAAGAAUAGUACCGAAUCGAUAAACAAACAGUUUUUCAAGAAGAACAAGUCCUUAGUUAAUUCUCAAUACACGAAUAGUCGGCAGGUGAGCCACAGGUGUCAGCUGGAACAGGGUGGUUACCUGCUGGUACCUACGACCUUCGAGCCUACUCAAGAAACGAGUUUCACGUUACGGGUCUACAGCAGUAAGCCUCUAAAACUCAAAUUGUUAGACACUCCGCCAUCGUUAAUGAAAUCCGCAAUUGUUAAGGCGCCUCCUCUCGAAGGAAAAGGUUUCUCUCAAUACGAAGCUGUGUUUCUGCAGCUUGCUGACGAGCACAGAACCGUAAACGCCUUCGAGUUGCAAGAGCUUUUAGAAGCCUGUUUACCGAAUGAUUAUAUCAAGAGCUGUGCCUGCAUGGAAGUCUGUCGACAAGUAGUGCUCACUAUGGAUAGUUCUGGGAGUGGUCGGUUGAAGUUUAACGACUUCAAAGAUCUUAUGUGCAGUUUAAAGUACUGGCAAGCUGCUUUUAAGAAUCACACGAAGGAAAAGACGGGUAUACUUAAGGCGGAGAGACUGCGAGAUGCCCUAUUGGAAGUUGGUUUCCAAUUGAAUACAGAUGUAUUGUCCAUUUUAAUCCUUCGAUACAUGAGAAAAGACGGUACUCUUCGAUUCGGCGACUUUGUCUCGGCGAUUUUACAUUUGAGCGACGCAUUUGGAAUAUUCGAAAGCAAGGAUCCUUUGCAAAAUGGCACGAUAAAAUUAAGCUUGUCAGAGUGGCUGAGAUCAUCUCUGAUGUGUUGAAAUGUCGGUCAGCGUAAAUCAUGUACCUUAUGAAUCGUCUGUAAAUAACAUUUUCUUCAUUCGACAUUAGAUGUAAGUUUUAGCCAUAUUAACGAUUAGUGCCCAUCUAUUUACACUUUGUAAAAUAAUAUCAUUGUCUUUUACAUUAUCACUGAUCGUCAUUCCUUGUGUAAUUAUUAUACAUUAAAAUUAAAAAAACUAUGUAUGAUACGUCAUUUGUAUAAGAAUAACGUACUGGAAAAUAAUAAAGUUAAGUUUAUUUUGCAUA